CAGUUUUGAAUGAUCAGGAAGCAGGUUGGGCUCACUAGGUUGGCCUCAGUCUAUCUCUCUUGAGAAUGGGCAGUUUGUUGGAGUCUGAACUACCUGGCCUCCUGGUGCCUCCUGAGAGGGCCUGGCUUACUGACUCUUGACCUCAGCCUGGGAGGGACAGGAUAGAAUGGGGGAGUCCCUGAGACCCACAUGACCUUGACCCAGGGAACUCUGUCCCACGCCACCGCUGCCUCCCGCCCACAGCUCUGCAAGGGGCAGCUGUGUCAUUCACCGCUGGACUUUGACAGUGGCCAAAGAUACCGUUCAGUUCUCCACGCCUGUCUUCUUCCAACUUUGCCGAGGUCUCCGCUGAGGUCAACCGGAUAUGACCCCCGGAAGCUGGAACCCCACAACGGUGGUCCAGGGUAUCGUCUGGAUCCUGCUUGGAUUAUUGCUGUGGCCGGAGCCGGGAACAGCAUCCAUGCCCCUCCUCAUGGACUCGGUCAUCCAGGCCCUGGCUGAGCUUGAGCAGAAGGCGCCAGUCACCGAGGCCACCCACACUGCCACUGUGUGGCGGCUGUCAGCCCAGGACUCUGGCCCGCACGAUCCCCUCUAUCCCUUCGUGCUGGAAGGAUGGAGUCUCAAGGCCACCGAGUUGGAUCCCCCUGCACUGAGCCCAGAGCUUCGAGGCUUGAUCAAGGAGGUGGCCCGACAUGGUGUGCAUGGUGGCCAGGAAUAUGGGGUGGUGCUGGCACCCGAUGGCUCGACAGUCGCUGUGGAGCCUCUUCUGGCAGGGCUGGAAGCAGGGCUGCAGGGGCACAGGGUCAUAAACUUGACCUUGGAUAGCACAGCCACCCCUCUGGGUGCCGGAGCUACCUUUCCAGAUGUUGGAGCUGUGGUUCCUGAUAUAAGAGCCACCUCCCCAGAACUCAGGGAUACCUCUCCAGGUGUCACCUCUGCAGAUGUCAGAGCAGAAUCUCCAAAUGUUAGAGCCACAGAUCUUGAUGUGGGAGCCACCUUUCCAGAUGUCAGAGCACCCUCUCCAGAUGACGAAGCUUCCUCGCCAGAUGCUAAAGCCAAGUCCCCGACCACUGUGGACAGCCUCCUGGGGGUCACUUUGGCCAGAGACCUGGGCCUCACUUUUCUCCAGAGCCCCCAGACCCGGAGCCAUCCAGGCCUAGGAGCUGAGGGCUGCUGGGACAAGCUCUCUGACCCCCGGAACUUCACGCUCCUGGACCCUGAGGCAUCACCACUCACCACAGCCUUCCUCAAUGGUGCUCUGGAUGGGGCCCUCCUUGGAGACUACCUGAGCCGGGCCCCUGAGCCCAGGCCACCCCUCAGCCAUCUGCUAAGCCAGUACUAUGGAGCUGGGGUGGCCGGAGACCCAGGACUUCGCAGCAACUUCAGACGGCAGAAUGGAGCUGCUCUAACUUCAGCCCCCAUCCUGACCCAGCAGGUGUGGGGGACCCUGAUCCUGCUACAGAGGCUGGAGCCAGCACACCCUCAGCUGCAGGGCAUGAGCCUAGAACAGCUCGGGGAGGUGGCCAUCCGUGCCACCAAGGAGUUCACUGAGGCUUUCCUGGGGUGCCCCGCCAUCCACCCCCGUUGCCGCUGGGGCGCCGCGCCAUACCGGGGCAGCCCCACGCCGCUGAAGCUGCCGCUCAGGUUCUUGUACGUACAUCACACCUACUUGCCUGCGCCGCCCUGUACCGCUUUCGCGCGCUGCGCCGCGAACAUGCGCUCCAUGCAGCGCUACCACCAGGACACACGUGGCUGGAACGACAUUGGCUACAGUUUUGUGGUGGGCUCAGACGGCUACGUAUACGAAGGCCGAGGCUGGGACCGGGUUGGCGCGCACACACUCGGCCACAACUCCCGCGGCUUUGGCGUGGCCUUCGUGGGCAACUACACCGCGGAGCUGCCGGCCGAGGUCGCGCUGCGCACAGUGCGCGACGUGCUCCCCAGGUGCGCGGUGCGUGCGGGAUUCCUGAGGCCGGACUACGCGCUGCUGGGCCACCGCCAACUUGUGCGCACCGCCUGUCCUGGUGACGCGCUCUUCCACCUGCUGCGCACCUGGCCGCACUUCGAUGCUAAUGUGAAGCCAAGAACUGCCAGGAGGGCCUCCAGGAGCUCCAAGAGAAAGCCAGCUCCAGUGACCCUGCCAGCCACAAACCUCCAAUAAAGAGACUGUGGAAAGAAAA